ACCGUUGAAAUGAGCGGCUGAGCAUAACCAAGAUAUUAAACUAGUGAUUUUGCACCAUUUAAGUAGAAUUCAAAGCCUGCCAGAAAUUUUGUGCUUUCCCCUGCAGAACCACAAACGUUUGGUACGAUGUGUUGUAUCUUUAAGAUCUGACUGAAAGUGAUUCCUACUUCUUUUACCCACAUCGCUUUCCUUUCCAACUGUCUUCUGACGUUGUUUAUUAAUUAGAAAGCUCAAUUUCAAGGCUUGAUUACCAUCCAUUGCAUUAAGAGGAUUGGAUUCAUCUCAACAGUCUUUCAGCCUGGAUGGAGCCCUCUCACAGAAUGCAGUUUCCAAGAGUCGUGACCAAGGUGGAAAUCCAAGCACAGGGAUCAGUCACCCAAUCUCAAAAUGAUUCAGAUAUUCCAUUCUUCUUUCCCACCAGAAACUAUCUUCACGCAGUAUUCAAUCGUCAUGCUUCCUCUUGUUUCCCAAUUCAGAAUGGCUCUGGUUUGGUUGAUUCAUCUGAACUGGAACCCAGAGCCAACAGCCAACAAGAGUGUGUGAAAGUUUCUGGACAGAUUCGCCUUGAGCUUGAUGAUCUCAGUGCAGUAGUGGGGAAAUGUAAUGUGAACCCACUUUCCAAUUCUAAUUCUCCUGCUGCUCAACAUCAGUCUCUAAUCAUCUGGGAUUCUCACAGUUGUGAUAACAGAUCUCUACAUCAUGGCCAAAUUGGUGCUGUUUCAUCCACCAGUAGACUGAGGAAAGUUAAUGUUGAAAAGCCACUGAAAUCACUGAAGCGAAAGCGACCUGUCAAUGCCAGUCUAGGACCCAGUUCAUUGUUAAGGAAGAACCAUGUUCUUUCAGAAAGGCUGCGGCGCAGAGAAAUGAAUGAACUGUUUACAGAAAUGCGUUCUUUGCUGCCAAAUCCCAAGGCCAAGACUGAUAAGGCUUCAAUCUUAUCAGAAACAAUGAAUUACAUUCACUUCCUUCAGCGCCAUCUAGCCCUUCAUUCUACCAGUGGCAACACCCUUCCCAUAAAACUUGAACCAAUGAGCUCAGUGCAAGAAGCCAAUGAAAAUUCCUGUGAUGAAAAGUUGUCAUUGAAAUACAAUGGCAGAGAGAUUCUGAUUACAGUAAUCUCUUCGAAGAAGAGGAGCCUUUUGGCUUCAAUCAUACUGCUCGUGGAGUCACUCAACAUACAAGUAAUGGAUGCAUUUCUGUCUAUUACAGAGACUGUGGCCUUUCAUUAUCUCCACCUCAAGGCUGCUGAUACUGUAGAUCAUGUUGUAAAAGAAACCUUACAUAGUGGAUUAAGCAAGCUCAUCCAAGCAGAAUACCAGAUAAGUUUCCUGCAACAGUCAGAGAAGGCAAAGGCAAAAAUAUGUGAUGCAUCAGCAUGAGUUUGUUUCUCCCUGCAAUACUCUUGGAAAACCAUUUUAUGGGUGUAAUUUGCAUAUGAUUUAUCAUUAAAUGUUGUUCGAACAAAGUGAGAAAUAUGAUAGGUAUUUCAAAAUAUAUUUACAGAUGUUCAGGUCUUCUAAAAUUUUCUUUGUAAUCUACGGUAUGCCAUUGCCUUCCUGGCUGGAUAUGAACAUCAGGCAACAGGCAAGUUUUUAGUUAAAUAGUAAUAAUGUAUGCUGUUAUUCAA